UCUGCCCUGAGCGAGCUGGGCAUCCCCAGCUGCCCAACUUCAUGGCCCUCUAUCGUCCUUUCCCCCAAAUACCUGAUGCCAGUAUGUGUUUUUCUUAAGGCCGUAUCUAAAUGUGCUUGGUAACUAGUAAAAUCCUCCGGGGGUUCUAAUUUAAGGAAUACAUUGUUCUGAGGGGCAGUUGCAUCUCUCCAUCAUUUCCAGAGGCUUCUGAGGUAAACAAUGUAUUCCGGGUUACAGGCAAGUUAUCUGCUGAUCCGAUCCAGAGUCCGGAGCUUUCCCUUGGUCAUAUUUUAUUGGAUGAAACCAUGCAUUCCGUGUCUUCGGAAAUUCCCCGUGGAGGAGGCUAGCGCUCGCUAGUCCACUGAACUGGAAGCCGGAUUCAACUGACCUUUGUCUUUGAGGCAAAGACCUGGUCCACUGGCCCAGGUCAUGUACACAAAGGCGGGUCCCAGCCCUUGUUCUUUAAAGUAGGAGACCUCAUGUCCUGCUGCAGACCUGUCAGAGCCUCCCAGAGAUCCUGAGGUACAGCUGUCCACACAGUGUACCAUGAAUCAGGACAUGGAGCUAUGGAAGCAAGUGUUCCAGGAAUUAAUCCAGGAAGUGAAGCCAUGGCACAAAUGGACCCUGACAGAAGACAAAGACCUUCUUCCCAACAGCCUGGAGCCGGGGUGGUCACAGUACCAGCAGUGGGCCUUUGCCAGGUUCCAGUGUUCCUUGUGCUCUCGCAGUUGGGCCUCUUCUCAAGUUCAGGUUGUUUUCCACAUGCACAAGACUGGGGGGAAACCCAGGGGCAACGUGAAGAUGAGGGUCUUUGCCCAGAGAUGUCAGAAGUGCCAUCAGUCUCCAUUUGAGGUUCCUGAGUUCACAAAAGAGAACAUCUCCAGGAUCCUGAACAACCUGGUAUUCCGAAUUCUGAAGAAAUGCUACAGAGAAGGAUUUAAGCCGAUGGAGGAGAUCCCUACCAUUAGGGAAAUCACUCUUGAAGGGCCGCAUGACAGUAACAACUGCGAGGCAUGUCUGCAGGGCUUCUGUGCCCAGAGUGGCUUCAGUGAGGCCGUGCAGUCACCAGUGUCCCCAUCACUCCCUGCCAUAAGCUCACCUCCUCUUGAGACCACCAUUCCCAUGCCCUUUCCCAGUAGAAGUGACACCACAGUGGACACAGUGAAGGGGAACAUCACCGCGGAUGCAGUGAAGAGGAACAUCACCAUGGACGCAGUGAAAAGGAACAUCACCGCGGACACAGUGAGGGGGAAUAUCCCCGUGGACACAGUGAAGAGGAACAUCACCACGGAUGCAGUGAGGGGGAAUAUCACUGCAGAUGCAGUGAAGAGGAACAGCACCGCGGACGCAGUGAAGAGGAACAGCACCGCGGACACAGUGAAAAGGAACAUCACUGCGGACACAGUGAGGGGGAAUAUCCCCGCGGACACAGUGAAGAGGAACAUCACCGCGGACACAGUGAAAAGGAACAACACCGCCGACACAGUGAGGGGGAAUAUCCCCGCGGACACAGUGAAGAGGAACAUCACCGCGGACACGGUGAAAAGGAACAUCACCGCCGACACAGUGAGGGGGAAUAUCCCCGCGUACACAGUGAAGAGGAACAUCACCGCGGACACAGUGAGGGGGAACAUCACCGUGGACGCAGUGAAGAGGAACAUCACCACCGACACAGUGAGGGGGAACAUCACCACCGACACAGUGAGGGGGAACAUCACCACCGACACAGUGAGGGGGAACUCCACAGUGGACAUAGAGAAGUGGAACGCCAUAGCAAACAAAGGGAAGGCUUUACCCCAAUCUUGGCAUCCUGGGUCCAGGGAGGCUGCAAUCCUCCCCACCCACUGGAGCCCGAGAGCAAACACCCAACACGAUGUGGAGACGAGAAUCCACGUCAGUACCCGUAGCGAGGUGUUCUAUCCCCACACAGCCCCGAAUCCCAGGCGCAAGAACCUGAAUGUUUGCUGCUGUUUUUUCAUUCUGAUUAUUGUCGUGGUGAUUGUCGUAGAGAGCAUUCAGUGGACCUCCACAUGAUGCCAAGUUCAAAGUCAUGCAGUAUGAUCCCACGGAUAGGAAAUAUCCAGAAAAGGUAAAUCCAGAGACAGGAAGUAGCGUGGUGACUGCCAGGGGCUGUGCAGAAAGGGAUUAAUCUUUAUGGGGCUUUUGGGGGAGAGAAGGUGUGUGGUGAUGAAAAUGUUUGGCACGAGACAGAGGGGGUCGUUGUACAACACAGUGAAUGCAGUAAACACCAUUGAAUUGUUCAUUUUAAAUGGUUGAUUUCAUGUGAUUUUUUUUUAAGGGUUAAUGUUAAUUUCAAUUCAAUUCUAUCGUGCCUAAGGGAUGCUGAAAUUCUGCUCAUUCUCUGGAGAACUGAGACCAAAGCCUUUAUGGCUCACGGAACCAUUUGGAAAUUUCAUGAGACCUGUGGACCCUCUCUCCCCAGAAAAGCUUGCACAGACCCGGGGAGGUCAGCAGGUGGAGGCACUUGCAGCGUUUUCCCUGGGCUGAAAGCCUGGGUCUCAAAACAGUGUUCUCCGCAGCAGGGUCCACGCAGUUCAGGGCUGGGGCAGGACCCACAUGGGGGAGACAGCCUUCAAACUCUGGUUCGUUUCUUUGGACUUUACUAUUCUUUGUUGCAUGGUUUAUAACAAGCGUUACUGUACUAGUAGAAUGGGAUUGUGACACAAUGUGUAACUAAAUAAACAUACACCAUCUGGAAAGUCA